CCCUCUCCUCAAAGGCUUACAGCUUCUUACCAUGGAUCCUUGCUUGAACUGGUACAACUAGCUAUUCAUGAUUUUACAAGAGCUUGCAUGUUCAGUUACAAGGUAGUUCAAUUGAACUUCCACACUAUUCAUGACAUGCACAAUUUUUACCUGUCGCCACUUGAUUAUGUAGCAUUUAGCCUUUGUGGUGAGAACAGACUGGCAGAUGGCUCAGGAAAAGAAUCAGUUAAGAAUGAAAGAUUAUGAGGAGAUUGUUGCUUUUUUGGAUCAGUGGGGAUGUUUUCAAAAAGCCGUCUUUUUUUUGCUCUGUGCGAGUAUUAUCCCCAAUGGAUUCGGUGCUUUCAAUCUUGUUUUUCUGACUGAUGUACCAGAUCACCACUGUUUCGUACCGGACCUCAAUUUCUCAGAGGAGUGGAGGAAAAGCAUUAUACCAAAAACAGUGCUGAAUGGAAAACAAGAACUAAGCAGAUGCAGCAGAUACAGACUUGAUGUCGUCCAGAAUCUCUCUGAUCGAGGAUUUAUUCCUGGCAGAGACGUCAACCUCACCGACCUGGAGGAGGAGCGAUGUGUGGACGGCUGGAGCUACAGCACAGACGUUUACCUCUCCACUGUAGUGACAGAGUUUGACUUGGUGUGCAGUGACCAGUGGGCGCAGCCGUUUACCACUUCAGUUUUCUUUAUUGGAGUUCUUGUUGGAUCCUUCUUCUCGGGGCAGCUGUCAGACAGAUAUGGACGGAAACCUAUUCUAUUUGCAACGAUGGCUGCACAAACAAUAUUUACCUUUGCUCAAGUCUUUUCUACCUCAUGGACCAUGUUUGUCAUUCUCCUCUUCUUCAAUGGACUGGGACAAAUAUCCAACUUUGUUGCAGCUUUAGUUCUUGGUGCUGAGGUUUUGACUGGUAACGUACGUAUCCUUUAUUCGUCUAUGGGCACAUGCUUAGGCUUUGCUGUUGGAUACAUUCUGCUUUCUGUCGUCGCUUACUUUUUGAGGGACUGGAAAUCUCUCCUCAUGGCUCUCUCUCUCCCUUGUCUGGCCUACAUCCCCCUCUGGUGGCUUCUCCCAGAGUCUCCUCGGUGGCUUCUCUCUCGAGGCAGAGUAAAGGAAGCCGAGGCUGUAAUCAGAAAAGCUGCUCGAUGGAACAAAGUUCAAGCUCCAACAGUCAUCUUUGAAACUUACAGU